UGCCCGCAGGAGGCGUCCGGACUUGUCAGGAGGAAGGCAGACCCAUUGCAAACCACGGAGGAGUUUGCCUGCAGGUCCCGCCGAGGAAAGUCAGGAUGAGAAGCUGGAAGGUCCUGGCGUAUCUCUUGCUGGCCGCCUGGGCAGGGAUGCAGCCGCGGGUGCUGGGCAAGGGAGCCCCGGAGCGCUCUCAGCAUCGCCUGCAACACGGAGCCUGCACCUACACCUUCCUCCUGCCCGAGCUGGGGGGCUGCGAUGGCGCGGCCCCUCCUGCUGCCGCCGCCGUCCCGUUCCAAGUGUCCAACUCGCUCCAGAGGGAUGCGCCGCCCAUGGCCGAAGCCCAGUGGCCCGUCCAGCGACUGCAACAGCUGGAGACCGUCAUGGAGAACAACACCCAGUGGCUGCAGAAGCUGGAGAAUUACAUCCAGGACAAUGUGCGGAUGGAGAUGUCAGAGACCCAUUUCAGUUCUGUACAGGAUCACACGGCAGCCAUGUUGGAAAUUGGGACCAACCUCCUUAACCAAACUGCUGAGCAGACCCGGAAACUCACCAAUGUAGAGAUACAGGUUCUCAACCAAACGUCCCGCCUGGAAAUUCAAGUUUUGGAAAAUUCCCUGUCUACCAACAAGCUUGAGAAACUUCUUCUUCUGCAGACCCACGAAAUCAGCAGACUCCAGGAAAGGAACAGCUUUCUAGAGAAGAAAGUCUUGGCUAUUGAAAACCAACGUGAGGAGGAGCUGCAGGGCCUGAAGACCGAGAAGAUGGAAAUGCAGAAGCUUCUUUCCAAGCAGGUGGACCUUGUUGGGCAUCUGGAGCAACGCCUGGGUGUUGCCUUGCUGAACAACACAGCCCUCCACAAACAACAAACAUCUUUGGCAGAGACAGUGAAGCAUCUGAUAGGCUUGGUGUCCCAGUGCAAUCAUGUUUCGUUCACCUUGCCAGAUGAGCAGAAGGUCUUCAAGGAUUGUGCAGCUGCAUACAAAGCGGGGGUUUCUACCAGCGGAGUCUACACCCUUCGGGUCCCCAAUACUACAGCCACUGUAAAAGUGCUGUGUGACAUGGAGACCAGUGGAGGAGGCUGGACCGUUAUCCAACACCGCAAAGAUGGUUCUGUGGAUUUCCAACGCACCUGGAAUGAAUAUAAACAGGGCUUUGGGUCCCCACCUGGAGAGUACUGGUUAGGCAACCACUUCAUCCAUUUGCUCACCGCCCAGAACCGCUACUCUCUCCGGAUCAAACUCCAAGACUGGGAAAACAAUGAAGCUUAUUCUGCCUUCGAGCAUUUCCAAGUCGGCUCCGAGGAGCAGAACUAUCGACUUUAUGCAAGGAGAUACAGUGGUACCGCUGGACUCACCAGCAGCCUCAGCCUCUCGGGAACCAACUUCAGCACCAAGGAUGCUGACAACGAUCGAUGCACGUGCAAGUGUGCCCAGAUGGCAGGUGGAGGUUGGUGGUUUGAUGCCUGUGGACCUUCUAACCUGAAUGGCAUCUAUUACCCUCCCAAUCCUGCCACAAUCAAAUACAAUGGCAUGAAGUGGCACUACUGGAAAGGGCCCGGACAUAGCCUCAAAACAAGCACCAUGAUGAUCCGUCCAGUGGAUUUCAGAGAGGAGCAAGGGGGGACGCUGUGAUCUGUCACAUGGCAGAAGGAGAGGAGGAGACCCCCUUCGGAAGGUCCCCUUUUGGCUUGCACAAAAUUGGUAGACGAUUGCAAGUCCUUGCCAUGAACUAAACUUCUUCUAGGUAGAUUUUU